UGAUUCAAAUGUUAGGUCAAGAGGAAGAAGGAAAACAAAUUCAAGAGCCGCUCUCAACCAUCUAGAAUUUUCUGCACCCCUCCUCUUGAAGACAGACUAGCCCAGUUCUGACUAUUAGAAGCUGGAUUUCCCUCUUAAAGCACAACCUGCAUUUAAGCCUUUGGAUAAAAUUGGAAGAAACCAAUCUGUGAGUACUGUGGACUGUGCAGAAGGCAGAGGGCUGACAACUGCCACUAAAAACAGACAGAUGGCAGGCCCAAGGCCCAGCAGUGAAGCAGACCCUGAAAUUGAGCUUUUUGUGAAGGCUGGAAGUGAUGGGGAGAGUAUUGGAAAUUGUCCCUUUAGUCAACGCCUUUUUAUGAUCCUCUGGCUUAAAGGAGUUAAAUUCAAUGUGACUACUGUUGACAUGACCAGAAAGCCCGAAGAGCUGAAGGACUUAGCCCCAGGCACCAAUCCGCCCUUCCUGGUAUAUAACAAGGAGUUGAAAACAGACUUCAUUAAAAUUGAGGAGUUUCUAGAGCAGACACUGGCUCCUCCAAGGUAUCCUCACUUGAGUCCCAGGAACAAGGAGUCCUUUGAUGUGGGCUGUAAUCUCUUUGCCAAGUUUUCUGCAUACAUUAAGAAUACACAAAAGGAGGCAAAUAAGACCUUUGAAAAAUCUCUGCUUAAGGAAUUUAAGCGUCUGGAUGACUACUUGAACACCCCACUUCUGGAUGAAAUUGAUCCAGACAGUACUGAGGAACUCACAGUCUCCAGAAGAUUGUUCUUGGAUGGCAAUCAACUGACCCUGGCUGACUGUAGUUUGUUACCCAAACUGCACAUUAUUAAAGUUGCUGCAAAGAAAUACCGUGACUUUGACAUUCCAGUAGAAUUCUCAGGAGUCUGGCGCUAUCUCCAUAAUGCCUAUGCCCGUGAAGAAUUUACCCACACAUGUCCAGAAGACAAAGAAAUUGAAAAUACCUAUGCAAGUGUGGCUAAACAGAAGAGUUAGGAUAGCCCUUUCAGUAGAAAAAUCUCUCUUUUCACUUGCUAUCAUACUAGAAAGUCUUUUAGAAAUAAGAAUAUGGAAAAUGCUGUUUCCUCUAUUCAACUUUCUUAUGAAAAAGAAUACUGUAUUUUCUGUACCUAGUUAAUCCAAACUAUCUGCUUACUGUGUAUUUUACAGGUCUUCAUAUUUCAUUUUUUAAUUCCCAUGGCACAACCACUGCAAUUUUAAAUUAUAUGAAAAUUGUCAAUAUCUUUUACCAUUUGAUUGAAAUCCUAGAAGGUAUCAUGUGUGCAAGCUCAACCGAUGGCUAAAGUUACAAAUGACAUAUAGUCAUGGUUUCAAACUGUCCCUUAGAGACAUUUCCACCUAAAUCAUUAAAACAAUUUUACUAAGA